CAGUUUGCGGUAACUACUCAAAGCGUUUAGUGUGUUCGGAGUACGGUCGGUCGAAAGUCGCGCGUGUGUGAAGUUAAAAAGGUAAAUUUUCGGCAAAUGCAACUGAUUUUCAGUAAUGGCCGCUUGUGACGAGUAAGAAAGCAAGAAAAUUAGUAAAAUACAAGUAACUUGGUCAUAAAUUAGUAAAUGUGAAGAAUUCAUGGAAAAAACAUAUUUUCAACAAGUUAUAACAAUAAACUAUUGUUAAUAAGUGAUAAAUUAUAAAUCAGUUUGUGUGUACGGGCUAGACGAAUUGCAUUCUGUGAUUUUCUACAAACCUACUAUUUGGCCUUAACUAGUUGUUUGGCCACAGAAUCUAUAGCGCAGACAGUGAACGGAAAUUUUAAGCUAAAAAUCUGGUAUUGUGUUUACUUUUAAAGUAAUUUAAAUGUAGUGUGUGUGUAAUUAAUAUAAGUAUUUUAUAAAUUUUGUGAUUUACAUGGCAUGUUGCAAGCAGAGUGGUCAAUAAGUGCAAUGUCUGAUAGUUAAUAUACAAAAAUAAAACACAAAACAAACUUUAAAAUAACAUAAACUCAACGCAAUAAAAUACAACUAACCCUAAAAAGUUUAGUAAGCAAAAUUAUAGUAUAUUUCACAUAACAUUUCUUGGCAAAUUGCCGCAUAAACAAGUUAACUAAAAACGCAACAACAACAACAACGAUAAAUCAGCCAAAUAAAAUAACAACUACAACUACAAAUUUCUACUCCAUCUAAAAUAACGUCUACAAAUACAAUAACAAGCAAAAACGUAAAACCAGCAAUAAAGCAACAAAAAGUAAAAAAAUAAUUAAACAACGACUCCAAAUUAAAAGCAAACAAAUCUCACAGCAGAUAAAAACAACAACAAUCACAACCAUACAAUACAUACAUUGAAAAACUACCUGUUCACUCGCUCAACACUUGCGAGCGCGCACUCCCGUCAAAACCGUCUGGAAGCGCUCUAAACAAAUGCGAGUGUACACUGCUCACGCUCAAAAAUCCUAAAGAUAUUAAGUACAUUACGUAGCUGUUGAUCUCGGCGCUUCUCCAGCACAUCACAUUUUUGUUUGGCGGUUGAACGUAGUGUGUGUCGCAAGCGAAAAUUAACAAAAAAAGGCUUGAAAAGGCAAGCAGUUACACAGAAAAACGUGAAACAAUAAAAAAUUAACAAAUAAAUAUAUUUGCAUGCAAUUACUGUGUACUUGUGUACUUGUGCAGUGAAAUUAAAAGCUUGUAAAGGGAAUUUACAUUUCAGUGCAAAAAUAUAUCUGCGUCAAUAAAAUACAAAUACACCCCCGAAAAAUAAGGCAGUCAGUCUGUCGUUGUCAGUGAAUGUCAAAUAAUUUUCUGUGUAUUAUUAGUGUACAAUUAAAGUGUGUGUGUGUGUGGCAAAGUGCGUUGCGAACGAGCUCAGAUAUCCAAAAAAAUAAGAGCAUACAAAAUUCUAACAAAUUCAUGGAAAGAGUGCACAAAAUAUCUAGUGUUUGAGCAAAAAGUGCUCAUUGGCAUUCUAGUUUCAUAUAUAAUAUCUUGUUUGUGUGUUGCAAGAUCGUGUUUUGUGUGUUGUGUUGUUUUUGGUUUUAUUUUUCGGUUAUACAAAAUAUAACCAGAACCCGUUUUCUGUUGACUCAACCAAUAUUUACGGGAAGUCUACUACCGACUACCUACCUGCGCAACAAUCGGUCAAAUAAGCGUUCGUGAAGGCAAAGCAGUGUAAACAAAUUCUUUCUAGUUGGAUUGGAAACGGGAUUUGUUUGGAACACGCCAAAAUCAACGCCAGUCUGGACGCAACAAAAGUGAGCUUUAAACAAAAUUAAGACGCCAGGAAGUAUUUGAACUAAAAAUACAUAUAAAACACGCAGUAAAAUAUAAACAAUAAUAAAAGCACCACAACAAAAUGGCACCAAUGCCCAGCAUGAAGGGCACCAAGCCCAAUGGAGAUUUCCUCUAUGUCGAAGCCGAAUCGCCGGGUGACUCAAGUCCAACACCCUCAACGCCGCCCUCCAGUACAGACGCCGCCAAAUCGCAAUGCUCCUCACUCUCCGACGGCGAAUCGUAUGAGGGUUAUGGUGAAAAUGAAGUGCGCGGCCUGCAUCAUCACCGCCAUCAUCAUCAUCAACGCACUGCAUCGAGCGUUUCGGCCGGCCUUCUAGGCAGCGAUGUUGUCAAUAAUAACAGCAGUAAUAGCAACACUGCCGCUGGUGGCAGUAGUGGUGUUGGCGGUGUUGAAUUGGAGCUGGCGCCACACGAUAACGCUGUAACGGCAACGAACAACGAUGACGAGCUGAGCAUCAUUCCACGCGACAAUUGGGCACGCAUGAGCUUGCGUCGCACCACCACCACAUCCAGCAAUCCUGACAGUCUAACGAAUCGUCGUUGGGGUUCCAUGAGACAUUCCGGUCGUCGGCAAUUGGGUUCAAAUGCUUUAGCCAGUCAACUUUACAGAUCCUCAAGUUUCAAUUCGUCUGGGCGUAGCUCCAAU